AUGGCGCAGCCUCUCACUCGCCGCCGUCUCCUCCUUCCUCCGCCUCUGCUUCUGCUGAUGCUCCUCCUCGCUCUCGCCGCCCACCAUCAGGCCGCUUCCGACCCACCGGCGACCCACGGCGGCAUGCGAGCCAGCGGCACCAGGUCCCUGCUCCAGCAGCAGCCGCCUCCUCCCAGGCUAGACUGCCCCAAGGUGUGCGCGGGCCGGUGCGCCAACAACUGGAGGAAGGAGAUGUGCAACGACAAGUGCAACGUCUGCUGCCAGCGCUGCAACUGCGUGCCCCCCGGCACCGGCCAGGACACCCGCCACAUCUGCCCCUGCUACGCCACCAUGACCAACCCGCACAACGGCAAGCUCAAGUGCCCCUAG